GGUUGAAAUACUUUUCAAAAUAAUAAGAUAAUGUUUUAAUUGUGAAUCGAGACCGAGCGUUAUUAAUAAAAUAAGAUGGAGAACUCAAAAAUUCGAGGAAAACACAGAAUAAAAGCAGAAGAGGAAAUAAUUCGCCGAAGAGAAAAAGAAACUCGUUACCACGAAUUAUGGACUGGUACUGCAAAUUAUUUCGAUCAUUGGAACAAAAGGACUGCGAAAUUUGUCGAAUGGACUUCCCCUAGGUAUUACAAGGAGAACAAUGAACUUGUAUCUGGGAUCAAAGCGAAGAAAGACAAAGAAGAGUCGCUGACAAUGAGAAGGCAAAAAUUGAGGAAACUUUUUCACGAGGAGUCCACAUCUUUUAACGUAGAAUUGAUGAUUCAUAGUAGCAAGGAAUUCGAUAAACCAAUAGAAAACAAUGAUGACGUACCCACUCAAAUCUUGAAAGAACUCAACGAUCAGGUGAAACUUGAAGAACAGGCUAGAAGAAAGAAAGAAGCCGAGACAAAGCUAUUCGAUCAAUGGAGAAGAAAUAAUCCUCUAAUUAGACAGUGCGAAGCAAAGUACAAAUGCAAAGAUUUAAAAUUAAGCUGGUUAGAUCAGCAAAUCGAGAAGAGAAUACAAAAGGAAAAGGAAGAAGAGGAAGCUCGUAGAAUUCUGAAAGAAAAUGAAAGGAGACUCGAAUUAGAGAAGGAGAAAGAAAAAGUGCGCUUAAGGAAGAUUGAGGAAGAGAAACACCAACUUAAAGAAGUGCUCGAUUCUCAGAUAAUGGAAAUUAAAGAAAAACAAAAAUUAUCCGAUGAACUGAAAGAGAAGGAAAACGACGAAAUGCAACAACAGUUGUGCAUAGCUCAGCUCGAAGAGCAAAUAAAACUGGAAGAAAAACGUCGAAGGGACAAAGAAUGCGCUUUAUUCAACAUUCGACAGCACAAUAGAAGGAUAAAACAAAAGUGCAAGGACGUCCAAGAAAACCUAGAACAAGAAAAACGUUUAAUAAUGAGAUUUAACGAACUCCGCUUGCAAGAUAUAAUCGAAGAACGAGCUAAAAGGGACGAAAUAAAACGAGGUAUCGAAGAAUUUCUCGACAUCAUAAAGCAGCAACAGGCGUUAGAGAUACAAAGACAGAAGCGACUGGAGUUCCUGUUCGACUCCGAAGCAAAGGCCUUGUACAAUACACAAGCAGCUACUUGGAAGCAGGAGGAAAUGGCCAGAGAUAGGCUAUUCAAAGAAGUACUAGACUCUCUUAAACAACAAAUUAAUGAAAAAUUGGAGAUGAACAAAUUAAGACAAACGGAAAACCUCCGUGAACGGGAAGAAAUGACGCAGAAAAUCGAAGAAUACAAUGAAGAGCUACAUAAACUGAAGCUGGAAGAAACGAAAAGCAAACACGUGAAAAGGCAGUCUCGGGAAGACGAAAUAAAAGUAAAAAUGGCGAAAAAAAAGCAGGAAGAAAGCUUGAGAAUCAAAGAACUAGACGAGGAAUUGGAGAGAAUAAGGAAGGAAGAGGAAAGAUUGCAAAAGGAGAUUUUGAGGAUACAACAAAAGCGAAACACUUGCAAAAACUCUAGGAAUAGAUUGCUUUGAAUUCGUAGAUUUUUUUAAUGAAUUCUGUGAUAGUUAUCGAUGAAUAUUAUUAUAUUAUUCACUUUAUAAUUGUUAAUUAAAGUUGGUUUUUGC